AUGACUCUACCAAGGAUAAGAAAUGCCGGAUGUCUUGUUAUUGGGGAUGAGGUUCUCAAUGGUAAGAUCCACGAUAUCAACUCCUUUGAGUUUGCUAAAUUUUGUUUCAAUAACCUUUCCAUUCCUCUUAAAAGAACUAUAGUUUGUUCGGAUGAUAAGGAUGAUAUCAUAGAUAGCUUGAACAAUUUAAGAAAAUCAUGUGAUAUUAUUAUCACUUCAGGUGGAAUUGGUUCUACUCAUGAUGAUGUGACUUAUGAAGCUAUUGCUACGGCUUUCAAUACUACUGUUUCUCUUCAUCAACCAACAGUUGAUCGUAUUAAUAGAAUCAUUGGUAAGGACUAUUUCGCCAACCACACGACCAACCAACUACUAGCUUUCAAUCGUAUGGCUACUUUACCUUUAACUUGUGAACCCCAUUAUGUAGAUGAUUCAUUAUGGGUUCCUAUAGUUGGAAUGGAGAAUCAAGUAUACAUUCUUCCUGGUGUUCCUCAUUUAUUUCUAAAGUUACUUAGUGGUCUAGAACCAAUAUUGAAACCCAGAAUCAUAAGUCUGGGGUUUACCCGAUCGUAUAUCAAGACUCGAACCGGAGAAAGUCGUUUGGCUCCGUUUUUAACCGGGUUGCAACAAAAUGUCGAUAAGAAAUAUGGAAUUGGUACCAUUAAAUUGGGUAGUUAUCCUCAUUUAAAAUGGAAAAUCAAUACCAUUAGUAUCAUCGGUAAUAGUGAAGUACCAGAGAAAGAUAUUGAACAAUUAAUUAGUCAAAUUAUUGAAGGCGUAGGAGGUGAUGCACAGCAAAUCAAUGCUUUAGAAGAAGAUAGACUAUCAACACAAGAACCAAAUUAA